AGCUUCAGGGCCGAGCGCACACGCAGCGCUCACAUCGUUGGACGCACAUCAGGAGCAGAGCGGGGACACGUCCGCGGGAUAGUUGACGGUUCGUUGGGGACAUCCCGCCUGGAAGCCGAGCGAUCACACCGGGUUUGUCCUGCUCCAGGCUCUGCUGCGGAGGCUGCUGCUGCAUGUCGAUGGUCGGUGUGCGAACAGUCCAAGUUUGGUGUGUUUGGAGGAUCAUGAACCACUUGGAAUUGACUAUUAAAUAGCCAGGAGUGGACCAACGAAAGACCAGGGGGGUUGAAGUGAAAUCAAACAUGGCAGUCUUCAAGCCUGAAAAUGUGGAAGACUUCUAUGAGAUCGGAGAUGUUCUAGGAAGUGGGCAUUUUGCUCAGGUUCGACAGGUUCGUGAGCGGGCCACUGGGACUUGUUGGGCAGGCAAGUUCCUGAAGAUCCGGAAGAACGCGUGUAGCCGGCUGGGUCUGGACAGAAACGGUGUGGAGCGGGAGGUGGAGAUUCUCCAGGCAGUACAACAUCCUAACAUUGUGAUUCUCAAAGACCUUUUUGAGAGCCGUGCUGAGGUGGUGCUCAUUCUGGAGCUUGUUAGCGGAGGGGAAUUGUUUGACUUCAUUGCUGAGAAGGAGAACCUGGUGGAGAGUGAGGCUAUUGAGUUUAUGAAGCAGAUCCUGGAGGGACUGGCCUUCAUGCACAGCAAAAACAUUGCCCACUUUGACCUCAAGCCAGAGAACGUCAUGCUGUCAGACAAAGUGUCACCACACCCCAAAAUUAAACUCAUCGACUUUGGCCUGGCCCAUCGUUUUCAGCAGGGGGAGGAGUACAGGAGCACAAGUGGCACCCCGCAGUACAUUGCCCCUGAGGCAAUCAACUGUGAACCUCUGAGCACAGCAGCAGAUAUGUGGAGCAUCGGAGUUAUUACCUACAUACUAUUGAGCGGUUUUUCACCCUUCCAAGGUGAGACCGAUCAAGAGACUUUGAGGAACAUCAUUGCCAUGAACUACGAGUUUGAUGCGCGGCAUUUCAGCAUGACAACCUCCAUGGCCAAAGACUUCAUCCAGAAACUCUUGGUGAAAAAUCCCGCUGAAAGGAUGACGGCCGAGGAGUGUCUGCUUCACCCAUGGAUUAAGCCCAUCACACGCAAACAGGUGGACAAUAGGAAUCGAUCCUCAAUCAAUAUGAAGAACUUUAAGAAGUUCAACGCCAGAAGGAAAUGGAAGAUGUCCUAUAACAUGGUGUCGAUGUGUAACCGGCUGGGCCACUUGAAACUGCCGUGCAAAGAUAUCUCAGAUCCAGAUCCACUACAGAGACAAUGUGAAAGCGACGUAGAAGACUCAGAAAGCAAGCCUGCCUCUCUGCUGCGUCGAAGACUCAGCAGCAGUUCAUAGAGCUGACCAGAGGACGGGAUGUUCAGCGGAGCAGAGAGGCCCAAGCUGGAGUUUUCUGUUACACUGUUAAAGUGAAAUACAUGUUACUCAGUGUCUCAGAAGUGCCUGAGAUGGUAGUGUCAAAUAAGUGAGCACUACCUCAUCUGAUGAGCGUUUCUUUAUGAAAGAAAUUUAGAAGAGACACUGGUAGAAGCUCAGGAUGGGCUGCUUUAUUUUGAAGUUCAGCUCAUUGUUACAGGUGAUACAUUUAAGUGAUUAUGCUUGUUUUGAAGGUUAUAAUGUAUUUGGGUGGUUAUUGAUUUGGGGAAACGUUUUGAUAAAAAAACAGAAAAUUCUGGGGUAGAACUAUAUUUCCUCUACCGAAAAUGUAAAACAAAUUGUAGUCCAUGUCUUCCAUGACUUUUACAAGUGUAAAUACUAGAUCUAUUCUUGUUUUAAAUGUUGUUCUGUGACAGCUAUUACAGUUCUACUAAAUGACAUAUGUAAACAUAAUGAACUUUAAAAAAAAAAAAAUAGAAUACCAGAUAGAUAGAAAACUUUCACAGUUUACAGACCCACUCCCUGCUUUUAUAACAGUUGUGCUGUCUGCACAGUUUUCUUGUGCUCCGGGGAUUAUUAGCAACAUUUCAGGUCUGUUUGUUAAACCUGUCAUGAACAACAUCUACCACAGACACACGUCCUGCUUCAGUUUUGACAAUAGACCAUGCAAAACAUGGACAUAGUGUCCGUGACGCCACCCACAGGUUUCUGAAGAGCCGUUGUGAAGCUGAACUUGGUUUGGCUCCGGCGGUCGCCCUCUUGGCAGUGCUAGACUCGCUGCCUCUUGGUUUUGACUCACUAUACUUAUAUUUUGUAGCACGUUUCCUGGUAAAUGAGGAACUGCAGUAUUGGAGGUUAAUGGGGUGAGACUGUGCUGAGACGUGUCUGAUCGUCUGACUGCUCAUGUUUGUUGCCCAAUCGGGCACACCAGAUCUCAUAUAUUACUUUGGUGAGCACAAUGUUAUCGUAACUGAUAGAAUUAAUGGCUAAUAAAAAUAAAGCCCAAGCUGCCAUAAACUCGGGUUUUACUUAAAAGACUUCACAUCAGACUGGACAGCAUAGUUUUGCUGUCCUCUCUUAAAAGUUUCAGGUGUCACCGAUGGCCGCUGUUAAGUUGCCCUUUAAUGCUCUUAAGUAAUAAGUACAUGAUUUUCUUGUAGUGACCACUAUCAUUCCAAAACCCCAAAUUGCUGUUAAUGUUCAAAUUUCACUUUUGAUUAGUGACAAAACAAUCCCACCUCAAGGUCCAUUUAGUUGCUAAGGUUGAGCUUUCAACCACUCCUCAUUGUAGCAUGCUCAGUUGACAUGCAAAUGUAGAAAUGCUCUAUGAUUCUGAAAACUUCUAGGACUUCUCAUCCAUGUUGACUUAAAAGUUCAGCUUGAUAACGAUCCUCAUGAGGAGAAACACCUUUCAGUUGCUGUUUCUAAGCUCGAGGAUGAACUGUCAAAGUCAGAUCCACUGAUGUUCGAAACAUCAGCAGUUAGCUGGGAGGAAAUAUGGGGUUUGGGGGGUGCUAUAACACUAUCAGUGAGUGUUUAUUUAAGUUUUGUUGUUUUUCAAACUUGAAUCAGUACUGCACAUAGAACUUCCAACAACAUUUCAGUCUUUUGUAUUUUCAUGUAUUCCUCAUGAUCAUUUUAAAAUGGCACAAUCAUACCUGUGUUGUAAAUAACUUCAUCACGUACACCUGUUAUCAUUUGUAUUGCCAUCUGGCAUCCUCCAAGACUUGAAAAAAUCAUAACAGUAAGAUUUUUUUAAAUCACAUUUUUUUAAUGCCAAAGCUAUUACUUUGUCUCUCUUCUUCUCAGUCGAGUUUGCAUGUGUAUGUUUGCUGAAAUGACCAGCAGCCUAUUUGUUAAACAGGUUAAUUUCCCUUUCAUGUCAUUCAGUUGUUUCAUUUGACAAAGCACAUUGUAGUAAGUCCAAGAUUUGGUAACAGUAAUUAGCUAUUCUUAAGUGUAAUAAUAUAGUAUGAAUAUGAAUGUACAUAUAUUACAUAUUAAAGAACUGAACUGGUUCAAAGUGAUAAUAAAAAAUUUUUUGUUUUUAUCCUUCACUGCAAUUAAAGCCUGGACAACGGAUACA